AUGGGUCUCAAAUCUCUGAAUUUCUACAAUUCUGAAAUGUAUAUCUGUCUUGAAUUGAGAUUGGCCACUUAUGGGGAGUCUUGGCGAAACUUAGCCUCCAUUCUCGGGUGGGUCAUCCCACUCAACUGCUUACUGCUCGAGAGUGAGAGAGCCCUUCGUGCUCUGAGUCUCGAGAGCUGGAUUAUCUCCAGUGGUACUACACCAACUGCGAGACGCAGAAAUGAUUACAAUCUGGAUUUGGCUUUACAAUUGGAGCUACUAGCAAUUCAACAAGAAGGGCCAAGAGCAAUAGGCUUUUUUGGGACUCGAAAUAUGGCGUUCAUGCACCAAGAACUUAUUGAGAUUCUUAGCUACGCGUUGGUUAUUACGAAAAAUCAUAUUUUUACAUCCGGAGCUUCAGGUACUAAUGCUGCUGUUAUUAGAGGUGCCCUUCGUGCUGAAAAACCAGAGCUGCUCACCGUAAUAUUGCCACAAAGUUUGAAAAAGCAACCUCCGGAGAGUCAAGAGUUACUUUCUAAAGUAAAAAAUGUAAUAGAGAAGCCCCACAAUGAUCAUCUCCCAUUGAUAGAAGCUAGCAGGCUGUGCAACAUGGACAUCAUAUCACAAGUACAACAAGUAAUUUGCUUUGCAUUUCAUGACAGUAGAUUGCUCAUGGAAACAUGUCAAGAAGCAAAGAAUAUGAGGAAGAUUGUUACUCUCUUUUAUCUGGAUUAA